UCCCCAAAAAUUACUUCCAAACCGUAGCAGCAGCAGCAAACCCUAGAUACCCUUUCCCCUCUCUCUUCGUAAGGAUUUUUCUUCAAUCUCUACACUUCAUAAUUAUGUGAUCGACAUCGUAUAUCUGCACGUAUUCUCUGUGAUUUCAUGAUCUUGAUCUGUCUCUCUCUCCAUUUCCCUGUGCGUACCCUCGUUCGCGUUUAGGGUUUAUUAUUGAGAUUUCCGUGCUGGUGUUGCAACCAUUGUGCACUGGUUAUGGCUUCAAAGAGGAUUCAGAAGGAACUGAAGGACCUGCAGAAGGAUCCUCCUGCUUCUUGCAGUGCUGGUCCUGUUGGUGAAGACAUGUUUCAUUGGCAAGCAACAAUUAUGGGCCCUGCAGACAGCCCAUUUACAGGUGGUGUGUUUCUUGUUACUAUCCACUUCCCUCCGGAUUAUCCCUUCAAGCCGCCAAAGGUUUCUUUCAAAACAAAAGUGUACCACCCUAACAUUAACAGCAAUGGUAGCAUUUGCCUUGACAUUCUUAAGGAACAGUGGAGCCCAGCUCUUACCAUAUCCAAGGUGCUGCUAUCAAUCUGUUCGCUGCUUACGGACCCGAACCCUGAUGAUCCUUUAGUGCCUGAGAUUGCCCAUAUGUACAAGACUGACAGAGCUAAGUAUGAGAUGACUGCUCGAUCUUGGACUCAGAAGUACGCAAUGGGUUAAGAGAUCUUCACCCAUCGUUGUCUAUCCUAGUAGUAAAUAAAUAAGUAAAUGGACAAACCAUCCUGGAGAUUAACGUCGGUUCUAUUGCGUCUCUGGGUGUUGAGUAUUUAACUUAUGGUACCUUAUUUGGCAUGGAUGUGUUUCGUGUGAUGGUAAUGUUGGAAUUUAACUUUAUAUAUAUGUUUCUUUGCUUUA